UAUAUAAUAAAUGUUAUUGGCGAUCAGAUCAUUGGGGAUUCCAUUGCAUUUGCAUUAGGAUUGGCAACAACACUUGCACUCCUAGGUGUAGGAGCCUCGUUUGCAGGGAAGGCAUAUGGGCAAAUUGGGAGGGGAUUACCUUUGGCUGCUUCUGGUUUGGCUGUUGUUAUGGGUCUGAAUCUUCUUGAGAUAAUUGAGUUGCAACUACCCUCAUUUUUUGACAACUUUGAUCCCCGUGCUGCUGCUGCUAACUUCCCAUCAAGUGUCCAAGCAUAUUUAGCUGGAUUGACCUUUGCAUUAGCUGCUUCACCUUGCAGUACACCAGUGCUGGCCACUCUGCUGGGAUAUGUGGCUACAUCCAAGGACCCAGUGAUUGGGGGAAGCUUACUAUUGACGUACACAACUGGCUAUGUUGCUCCUCUACUUCUUGCUGCCUCUUUCGCUGGAGCAUUGCAGAGCCUGCUUUCGUUCCGCAAAUUCUCCUCAUGGAUCAAUCCAGUGAGCGGUGCACUUCUCUUGGGAGGAGGUGUCUACACUUUCUUGGAUAGGCUUUUGCCCCCCACCAUGUCAAUGUAGAGAAAAUACUCUUGCAUUAUUGAGAGAGAGGUAUUGUACAGAAAAAGUUAAAAUUAAGAAAUAAAAUAUUACUAUGUUUACUAUUGUCAGCAGCACAAUCAUUCUGGUGCCCACUCUUGUAAAUGACUCAUUCAAUUAAUUAUGAGAACAAAGCGUCUGUCUCA